AUGCUGUUGCCCUCUCACAUGCCGCCUCAGCCUUUCCACACGGAUCUACGACACUUGGAGCAGCCACCGCCUCUGCCCUCUCAAGGACUCUUCAAGAUGUUGCAGAGCAAUGGCGACCCCCACACCCUCCAUGGGCACUACACGGACCUCUCAGAACCCCCCGACCUGUUCGCGUCGCUCCAAGAGGAGCAGAUACCUCCGCCAGAAGAGGACAUGCACCCUGCUGACGCAGACAUGAUUCCCUACGAGCAAGAUCUUCGGUUCGAGGGUGACCUUUACACGCCAAGAUGGGUGCGUGGCCACGGCAACAAGCGCGAGGGCUGGUGCGGCAUCUGCAAGCCCGGGAGGUGGCUGGUACUCAAGAACUCGGCGUUCUGGUACGACAAAUCCUUCACGCACGGUAUCAGUGCGGCUACUGGAAGCCCAUUCCAAGAGCCGCUCGAGACUAGACGGAUGGAUGGCAACCCGGACGUUUGGGAAGGCCUGUGUGGCAGCUGCAACGGAUGGAUCGCGCUUGUGAGCAGCAAGAAGAAAGGGACCACUUGGUUCAGGCACGCCUACAAGUGUCACGCCCAUCCCAAAGUCAAGGACGGCCCAAAGCGCCGACGAGAGACUGGCCAGGGCCGAGCCAUGGUGACCCAGCAGACUGCACGGUUCAACCGGCUUCAAGGCACGUCCUGCCUCUCCCUCCCCUCCAACCUGGUCGUUGCAUCGAACUCGGCUGACUUCGAUCCCGUGUGCUACAGCUUUGGAGAUCCAAAAGCACAGCCGCCCACCCCCAAGCAGACGCCGACUUCCGCCGCCUUUCCGAGCCCCGUCUUCGAGACCCCCCACGCCCGUCAAGGCUCCUUCCACGAAGCUGGCGGUCUGACGCCCCGGUUCGCCGAAGAGUAUUCCGUCUUCAACUCGACGCCGGGGAACCUGCGAGGCACCCCAGGCCCCUUUGCCGACUUCCUGCCCGCGACCCCGUCGAGUGCUUCGGGCGGACACAAGCGGCUGCUGUCUGCUGAGGGUUUCGCCAUCCAGAUUGCUGCGCAUGCAAAUCACUUCUCGCCAAACCCCGCCGCUCCAUUACCUCCCGUCGACCCAUCUCGCCGUCUGCCCUCGUCUCCCGACCCUGCCACAGCCGGCAAGGCAACCGCAGUGGGCACAGACGUCCAGCUCAGCCCCACCAUCUCAGGGCCGCGGUCGUCCAAGAAGGUCCGGAGAGGAACAGUCACAGAACCUGCGGAGACAUCUCAGGUCUUAUCGCCGCCUCCAACCGCACGAAAGGGAGAGCGCAAGCUCGCUCCCAAGCCCAAUAUGCAAAAUGAUCAGCCGUUCGGCCAGCCCGACUUUGCUGAUCCCUCCCAGCAAGACCUGGCAGCGCUCGUGGCCAAUCCCACCGACUUGUUCAGCUAUCCUCUGUCUGCCCCUGCUACGGCACCAGUAAAUUUUUGGGACCCGUCCAUGUCGAUGGGCAUGGACUUGGACUUUGGUGCGCCCGGUCCAAAUGUCUUCCAGUCUCCGAACCCCUCGUUGCACCGUCACACGGGAUCGUUUGACUGGAAUGCCGAAAUUCAGCUGUUCCAGGACACCACUGUGCCGCCACCUUCCUCGAAUCAAGAGAAUGUUCAACCAGUCAGGCGAGAAAGAGCAUUGGCACCAAAGCCUCCGGCGUCCGAAGCAUUGGCUGUUACCACGACCAUGCCCGCUAUUCAGGCCGCCCAGCACACGUCUCUCGAUGACCCCUUUGGCAUGAUGCAACGUGCGCAAGUCGUCAAUCCCGACUUUCUGAUGAGCCGCCCACAAACAGCGGCAGUGGACUCGGAAUUCAACGCCUUGGCUGAAGCUGAAUCUGGAUCCGCCGAGGAGGCAAUUGCCGCAUCCAAUAAAUCGCAAUCUGGCGGUGCCCUCCGGAGGGCCAAUACCGCCAAAGGAGCAAGGGCUGGCAAGCUUCCGGAUAGAGCUCUUGCCAGUUCCCCCAUCAAGUCGUCCGCAGCACGGCCAGGCUUGGGACGGAGCUAUAGCGAGAAUCGUGGUAAAAAGGCACUCGGCAGACCGCCUUUGCCGACUUUGGCGCCAGCCGCCCGACCCGUACCACAGGCGGGUGGCGGUCCCAGCAUGCCAGCUGCCAGAUCCGGCGGCCGCACCUCGGGCAGGAUCUCUCCCUCCAAGACGAUGCCUCGGAUUUCGAGCCUGGCUGCUAUUCCUGAAACAUCACCCCAGCACCGUCCCCGUACGUCGGUUCGGUUCACCAUUGACGCCCAAGGAAGGGCGAGGGCCGAGACCACCGUGGUCGGCGAGGGUGCUUCCGUCGAUAGGAGGCUCCCGCGGAGCAAGAGCUCGCGUGAUGUGUCUGCCAGCCGGAACUUCCCCUCGUCAGAGGACGACGAUUCGACAGAUGACGAGCCGAUCAUCAUACCCAGCCGCAACAACUCGUUCAAUGCUUCGUUCGCGCUGCCAGACCCGCGGAGGCCGGUCGGCUCCAUCUUUCAUUCCUCGAGACGGAGCAUCAGCGACAGAAGUGCGAGCAACUCUGCCAAUGACGCCGAGAGCGAAGCCGAGACAGUCGUCAACGAGCGCCAGGGUAAGGGCGGGGAUGCUACCAGCGAGCUCCGCAAGGUUGUAGAGGAUCGCCAAAAGAGAUCGAGUCGCAUGGGAAGCGCCCGGUCACAACGAUUUGUGUCGACCAACGUCGGCCACUAUGGCGGCGGCAUCAUUUCUCCGACGAGCUUGACUGAAUCAAGCUACGGCCCAGAAAGCCAGGGAGUGCGCUGCGUUUGCGAUUCGGCGUCUCCAGACGAAAGCGGCGGCUUCAUGGUCCAAUGGUACGUCGCACGGUGGCUACAUGUUGAGGCCAUAAACACGGCGAUAUAG